GGGGAUCCUCUUGCACUAGUGGGCGGAGAGAAGUGCCUGCAGCCAACCAGGGUCAGGCUGCGCUCACAGUUUCCUCUGGCGGCAUGUAAAGCCUCCACAAAGAACCUGGAGUUCAACUGAGGCUGCUGAGUCGUCCUGGGGAUGGACCCCUAGCCCAGGACCUGCAAGGAGCAUGCACUGAGGAAGCUGCAGGCCACGCUGUGAGGAAGAGCAGUGAGGAGCAGCCGCAGCGACACCCUAGCCAGUUCCAUCCCUAAGAGCACGGGCUGCUGCCAGCAGAGGCCAGUAAGGCAGGGCUGCCAGACAGCCUGGGACUCGGGACCCUCCUGGAGGCCAUGGUCAGGCUGCCCCGCUGAUGGCAUCGGGAAGCAUGUGAAGGGCUGCUCCAGAGUCAAACAGGAGAGAAGAGGCUUUCAGAGACCUCAUUCGUAAAGACCAACCACCACACUGCAAGGACCAUGAGGCCACUGUGUGUGACCUGCUGGUGGCUGGGGCUACUGGCUACCGUCGGAGCUGCUACAGGUCCAGAGGAUGAUGUUGAGGGCACAGAGGAUGGCUCACAGAGAGAGUACAUUUACCUCAACAGGUACAAGCGGGCAGGCGAGUCUCCGGACAAGUGCACCUACACUUUCAUUGUGCCCCAGCAGCGGGUCACAGGUGCCAUCUGUGUCAACUCCAAGGAGCCCGAGGUGCACCUGGAGAAUCGUGUGCAUAAGCAGGAGCUAGAGUUGCUCAACAACGAGCUGCUUAAGCAAAAGCGUCAGAUCGAGACACUGCAGCAGCUGGUAGAGGUAGAUGGCGGCAUCGUGAGCGAGGUGAAGCUGCUGCGCAAGGAGAGCCGCAACAUGAACUCUCGAGUCACGCAGCUGUACAUGCAGCUCUUACAUGAGAUCAUUCGCAAGCGGGACAACGCGCUGGAGCUCUCCCAGCUGGAGAACAGGAUUCUGAACCAGACAGCUGACAUGCUACAGCUGGCUAGCAAGUACAAGGACCUGGAGCACAAGUUCCAGCACCUGGUCAUGCUGGCCCACAACCAAUCAGAGGUCAUUGCGCAGCUAGAGGAGCACUGCCAGAGGGUACCUGCUGCCAGACCCGUGCCCCAGCCUCCCCCAGCCACCCCACCUCGGGUCUACCAACCACCCACCUACAACCGCAUCAUCAAUCAGAUCUCCACCAACGAGAUCCAGAGUGACCAGAACCUGAAGGUGCUGCCUCCCCCUCUGCCCACCAUGCCUGCUCUCACCAGCCUCCCAUCAUCUACUGAUAAACCAUCAGGCCCAUGGAGAGAUUGCCUGCAGGCCCUGGAGGAUGGCCACGACACCAGCUCCAUCUACCUGGUGAAGCCUGAGAACACCAACCGCCUCAUGCAGGUGUGGUGCGACCAGAGACACGACCCUGGGGGUUGGACCGUCAUCCAGAGACGCCUAGAUGGCUCGGUUAACUUCUUCAGGAACUGGGAGACCUAUAAGCAAGGGUUUGGGAACAUCGAUGGCGAAUAUUGGCUGGGCCUGGAGAACAUCUACUGGCUGACAAAUCAAGGCAACUACAAACUACUUGUAACCAUGGAGGACUGGUCUGGCCGCAAGGUCUUUGCAGAAUAUGCUAGCUUCCGCCUAGAGCCAGAGAGCGAGUACUAUAAGCUGCGGCUGGGGCGCUAUCACGGGAACGCAGGAGACUCCUUUACCUGGCACAAUGGCAAACAGUUCACCACUCUGGACAGGGAUCAUGAUGUCUACACAGGAAACUGUGCCCACUAUCAGAAGGGAGGAUGGUGGUACAAUGCCUGUGCUCACUCCAACCUCAAUGGGGUCUGGUACCGUGGGGGCCAUUACCGGAGCCGAUACCAGGAUGGAGUCUACUGGGCCGAAUUCCGAGGAGGAUCUUACUCACUCAAGAAAGUGGUGAUGAUGAUUCGGCCCAACCCCAACACCUUCCACUAAGCUUGCCCCCUUCCUGGCCACCCAUGGCCAUUGCCAGAAGCCAUCAAAGCCGUCCCAGCUGUGCAGACCUCAAGCACAGCUCCUCACCACUUCUCUCAGGCUGGGAGGACAGGAUGCUGGACCUUACUUUCCAAAUCACUCUGUCAGGUUAUGGGCAUCAACAGUGUUCUCUGUCCUUCCUGCUCUCUUUCACACCAGCUAGCCUCAUAUCCCCAGGACAGAGUUAAGUCCCUCCAAUAAAAACACAACUGCCAAUACCCUCACACAUGACAGACAUGCAUAUGAGCCACCACGUGUGUCCCCGUAAGACACAUAUCACACGUGGGAUGACUAGAUACCGCAUACACUCAACUUCCCCAUCAUCAGUGCUCAGGUGCUGACAACAGCACCACAGCUUUGGAGAAAGCUUCUUCUCUUGCCUUGUUCUUGAGUCGAAGGGCAGAACAGGCCAUGUAGCUGAUUUCAAAAUACAGCCUUUGGCAUUGCCUGGAUUCUUUCUGGAAUGUCUGCAAGUUCAUCUCUCAUGUAGGGUUCCUGGCCUUCUUGCUUGGGAACCUCUCUGGGCACCUGAUCAACCACUCCCCUUCCACUGUUGUAUUUUCCCCUUCUUGGGACGGCCCAGCAUCCCUCCAUCCCAGCAUCCCCUCGGCCUGCACUUUCUGUGCCUUAGUCUCUGGCUGCUCACUGGAGGUCAAGGGUCCUCUUCUCCCUUCUCUGGCCUUUCCCCUUCUGCCACACAGACCUUUAUUUCUGGCCCAGUUCAUUGGCCGUUGGGGAGGAAAUAGUCGGGCUCGGGUUCCAGAUGGGAAAGGGAAGGCAAGGCCAAGAGCCACAGCGGCAGUCACAUAGACCUGUACUCAACUGUAUACCUUCCAUUCAUACUUUAGCCUCCACAUUAUUGUAACUUCACACAAACAGUACCCUGCCUUGCCAGAGACACUCGACUGGAGAGAAGUCACUGCCAGUGUGUUGGGACUCCCAGACAGCUGCAGAUUUGAGGGCUCACGGGGAAUGAUAUACACCCUGUCCCCAAACUGCACCUCCCAGAAGAUGAGGCCAUGCAAAGAAAACUAACUACUUUCCAUGAGCUGCCAUGCCUAAGAGGCUGUUGGUACACUGCAGCAUGGUGGCUUCCUGAGUCCUGCUGGGCUUAGAGGUAUCACAUGACUGCCAUGCCAGAAACAAAAGAUAAAUCAAGAAGGUGAGAUACUCCCGGUGGGUAUAUAUGCCAGGUGUGUGAGCUGUGGGCCAUUUGGUACUGUCCACAAUUGGGUGCAUGCCCAUUACCUCAGCAUUUCUCCCAGUGUACCAUGUAGCAUGUCCUGUUUGUGUAUAAAAGGGAGGAGUUUUUUUUGUUUUUUGCGUUUUUAAAAAAUAUAUUCCCAGACUAUCCUUGUAACGACACAAAUCUGCAAUAAAAGCCUAAGUGCUAUGUGGAUGCAU